AUGUGCAACUUGUUCGUAAACAGUCUGAAGACAAAGGGGGAAACUUUUACAGUCAAAAGCGCUGAGAAUGUUGAAAAGAACAGAAGCAUGGACACGUUUCCGAUGCGUUUUCUUGACGUCUUGUUUUCUGACGAAGAUGACAAAAAUAACACGCAAGAACUACCUUGUGACAUAAUCGCUUUGACGAAAAAGCCAUCAGCAAAAUGUCAAGGGCAUGAAUACCUAAGAAUUCAGAGGAAGAAGAAGUGUGUGAGAACGUGUAACAAGCUGCCUCAGGAGCGAAAAAUAAGCCUCAUCAUGAGCAUUUUUGACAAACUUGCGGGAAACAGUAAUGAUAAUAAGACGAGUUUACCAAAUUUGCCGAAAGAGAUGGAAGACAAUGCGGCGAAGACAGAUUCCGACUCCCACAACAAUUGUGAAGAAACCUCUUGCUCGUCAAAUAACAGUGAAGAUUGUUCAUCGUCAUAUAAAGAAUAUGUACGACAAAUUUAUUUCCAGAACUGUAAUGAUAAGAAACAGACUUCGGCGCCAACUUCGAGAUUCGGUUCAGCGAAUGAAGGAUUUGAUGUGAAUGGAACAGGGCUGAUAUUAUAG